UUGCACAUUUUUAGAGAUAUCGCAGCUAGGAAUUGUCUAGUGAGUCAUAAUCACGAGAGUGGUCGCAUUGUCAAAUUGUGUGACUUUGGUUUGGCGCGGGAUAUUUACAAAAAUGACUACUACAGAAAAAGGAAUGAGCCCAAACUGCCUGUUCGAUGGAUGUCUCCAGAAGCCAUUCUUGAAGGUCUCUUUACAAGUAAAUCAGAUAUCUGGUAA